CAGGUGAAAGCGCGCGCAUCCGUCCUGCCGGCGCGCGCUCCUGGCACGUCUCGGGCGCGCGCACGUCGAUGCGCUUGACUUGUGCUGCGACAGUUAAAAGUUGUGCACAUCGAGAGACGAUCGACUGAGCCUUGACUCUUCUGUGCGGCUGCUCAAACUCCACAGGGUGAGAAUGGGGAUCAAGUUCAGUAGAAGGAAAGCCGCUCCGAUCAGCAGUGAUGCAAAAGGUGCGUCCGAUCCGAAGGUGGCCGACGCUGCAGAGGCAAAACCACCUGAGAAAACCGAGCCGGAGCCGACCGCAGCAGCGACCGAACCGGAGAAGCUUGUCGUGGAAGUCGGACCGCCAGUUUCUACUGAUGUCUGUUUACCGUCAGAAGACUGUGUGAUGGAGGAAAAACCAGCGGAAGGUGCCAACGCCUCAGCCCAAACAGGUGAUGCCGAGAGUCCAGCUCCUGUUGACAAAGCAUUGGAUCCAGUCGUGGAGAAACCUACUGAGCCAGAAGCUGUUCCUGAGCCGAAAACCACCCCUGAAAUCACCAUCCCCUCCCCGAGUAGCAUCCUGGAUCCCGUCAAUGUGGACAAGCCUUCAGACGUCUCUGCGGCCGAUGAAGAGAAAGAGGACUCUGACCCUAAGGCGUCAGAAGGGAACCUGACAAGUCCACUGGAGGAUCUGAAGCAACAAGCGAGCGAUAUCACCCAGGGAAUUGUAACUGGACUCCUGGAAGACAUCACCGAGAAGGGAAGCGCAGCAGUGAGUGGCCUCCUUGACGGUGAAGCCAAAAUCCCGGAUGAAAUCCCAAGCAUUGACAUAAACUCCAUUAAGGAGCUGAUGUGAGUCUAGAAACCCAUUCCAUAAAACGUUAAUCGCCAAAACUUCUUUCUCUUCUCAAAGGUGCCUUAGUUUCACACAGCGCUUCUUUAUACCGGGUUUAUUCAGGGAACAGACUGAAAACCAAAUAUUGAUUCUCGCCUUAUUUUACUGCGAGUGUAGCUUCCAUCAAAAUACAGCUGACUUCUGAUCAAGACAAAAAGAGGAGGGGAAAGGCAAUGCAAACAAACAUGAGGGUUUUUUUUGCAUUGCAAACAAAAAGAGGAAACAUGAAUGCUUAUUUACAUUUGUCACACAUUUCCUUUGUUUUGUGUAAUCAUUAACGUGAUGAUGUUGGCUUUGCUUGUGUGAAUAAAGCAUACUUACACAGUGAAUGCUAUCCCAG